UUGGCUCAGCCCACAGCCUGUCCACCUCGCCUCGCGCUUCUUCAGAUCUAAUCAUUAUUUAAUCCAUUUCAUUCACCGGCUCCAGUCUCACAUGAGCACUCCCCGCUCCUCCUCCUCCUCCCCCGAUCCGAUCCCCAACCCAUCCGUAACCCUAGCCGGCUCCCCUGGCAUGCGCGAUGCGGAGGAGGGCCCGGACUCGCCGCCGUCGCGGAUGUCGGAGGACGGCAACGGCGGCGCGUGGACGCCGGAUCUGAGGUGCGGGAGGUGGGCGCCGCCGGACCAGGUGCUGGAGAUCGUGCUUGAGAGCGUGCUCGAGUUCCUCACGGCCGCGCGCGACCGGAACGCCGCCUCGCUCGUCUGCCGCUCCUGGUACCGCGCCGAGGCCCAGACGCGCAGGGAGCUCUUCAUCGGCAACUGCUACGCCGUCUCGCCGCGCCGCGCCGUCGAGCGGUUCGGUGGGGUGCGGGCCGUCGUGCUCAAGGGGAAGCCGCGCUUCGCGGACUUCAGCCUCGUGCCACAGGGCUGGGGCGCAUACUUCUCCACCUGGGUCGCCGCGCUCGGCCCCGCCUACCCGUGCCUCGAGCGCAUCUUCCUCAAGCGGAUGACCGUCUCCGACGACGAGCUCGCGCUCAUCCCCAAGUCGUUCCCGCUCUUCAAGGAGCUGUCCCUGGUGUGCUGCGAUGGGUUUAGCACGCGCGGGCUCGCCACCAUCGCCGAAGGCUGCCGGCAUCUCCGAGUGCUGGAUCUGACUGAAGAUUAUUUUCAUGAGGAUGAGAACCAGGUAGUGGAUUGGAUCUCUAAGUUUCCAGAGUGCAACACGAUGCUGGAGUCGCUUGUAUUUGAUUGUGUUGGUGUGCCAUUCAACUUCGAGGCCCUGGAAGCACUUGUUGCACGAUCACCAGCUCUGCGUCAGCUGCGCGUGAAUGACCAUGUCUCUAUAGAGCAGCUACGUCGUCUCAUGGCAAGGGCACCCCAUAUCACCCACCUUGGUACUGGUUCAUUCCAUUCUGAGCCAGGCUCUGGUGGGGCAUCGUCUGUGUCUGAGCUCGCCACCUCUUUCGCAGCAACCAGAUCACUUGUUUGUUUGUCAGGUUUCUUGGAUUUUAAUGCAGAAUACCUCCCAGCAAUCUACCCAGUUUGUGUCAAUCUCACAUCCCUCAACUUUAGCUUUGCAAGCCUAACUGCUGAGGAGCUCAUACCAGUUAUUUGCCACUGCAUCAGUCUUCGCAUUUUCUGGGUUCUCGAUACGGUGGGUGAUGAAGGCCUUCAGGCUGUGGCUGAAACAUGCUCAGAUCUCCGUGAGCUGCGAGUUUUUCCUCUGGAUGCCACUGAGGAUUCUGAGGGCUCUGUCUCAGAUAUUGGUCUCCAGGCAAUCUCAGAAGGCUGCCGGAAGCUUGAAUCGAUUCUCUACUUUUGCCAGCGCAUGACAAAUGCUGCAGUAAUUGCUAUGUCUGAGAACUGCCCUGACCUUGUGGUUUUCCGCCUCUGUAUUAUGGGCCGACAUCGCCCUGAUCGGAUUACCGGUGAGCCCAUGGAUGAGGGUUUUGGGGCAAUUGUGAUGAAUUGCAAGAAGCUCACUAGGCUUUCGGUCUCUGGCCUUCUCACUGAUAAGGCCUUUGCUUACAUUGGGAAAUAUGGAAAACUAAUAAAGACCUUGUCUGUUGCCUUUGCUGGGAAUAGUGACAUGUCUCUUCAGCAUGUGUUUGAGGGUUGUAUUAGGUUGCAGAAGCUUGAGGUCAGAGAUAGCCCUUUUGGUGACAAGGGAUUGCUCUCUGGCAUGAACUAUUUUUACAACAUGAGGUUCUUUUGGAUGAACUCCUGCAGGCUAACCGUGAAGGGCUGUAGGGAUUUAGCUCAGCAAAUGCCAAAUUUGGUGGUUGAAGUAAUGAAGGACCAUCCUGAUGAGGAAGGGGAGAUCGAUACCGUUGAUAAGUUGUACUUGUAUCGAUCACUUGCAGGACCAAGGAAUGAUGCUCCUUCAUUUGUCAACAUCUUGUAGUGCUGCUAUUGAAGAAGUUUUCUUACGGACAUGUUGUGUUAUUCCUGAUUGUUGUCGUCCCUGAUCAAGCAUGUUAGAGGCUCUGAGCCAUAGUGGGAAGCUUCCCAUGGAUGAUUUUGAAAAUUCAUGGGAAACAUGCACGUGUCAUUCAGUUAAGCGGACCAUCGAUUGUUCUUUUCUGGGCUGAUUACAUUGAGAUUUAAAUCGUAUGAGGUUCUUUUCUGAGCAGGUCACCUUGUGAUUAACCCGAUGCCGAAUGGGAAAUCUGUUUAUUUUCCUUGCCAGCACCAGACUGAUGCAUUGUACUAUAGCUGAGUUGUUGGAACUGAUUGCACAGGGACUGGCUGCUAGCAGACACCAAUACAGCAGAUUUUAGAUGGUUCAUGUGCCCUCAAGUCUCCAGCCACUGAUGGUUUGCCAUCUAUUGUUCAGUGUAUCUGCUCACACGAAGAAAUACCGAUGCUUAUGUUGGAAGCUUGAGUGUUUCAUGAAUGUCUCUGCUGCGAAAUUUUCCGUUCCCAUUUUCUUAGCUUCCCUAAAAAAGUUGUUUUUGUAGAUCAAUGUAGACAUUUAUCCCUUUUCUUGGUCUCACCUUCUGCUGUUAUUAAUCCAGAGGAUAUUGGAGGAACUGAAAUUCAAUCAGCAUGAUUUCGUUUUGCUCUCCUUCCUUGGUUGCAUGUCUUGCCUUCAUCACUGCUGCAUUGCCAUGAUCAUAUAUUUACUUUGACUAUGACUGCUCGGUUGAUACUGCUAUAACAAUAAAUGGCCUGGUCUGUGUGUUGUGAUGAUAAGGCUAUGCCCUUCUAAUGAUUUGAUCUCAGAGUGGGUCCUUAUUUCAUGUAGAGCUGCAUGACAUCGACUGGGUCCUUUAUCCUUCUCGUCUUUCAGGAUCCCUGGAUAGGUCACAGAGCUCCCAAGAAGCAGAGUUGAAUAGUCACAAGGAAAGAGAAAGCUCAACAGGUUUACUUCCUGACGUUGUAACAUGUAGUAUGUACUACUGUUUUCCAAAUAAUAAACGGGUAGGUCUUGACCUCA